AGUCAGCUUACAUAGAGACAAGUCGUGUUUAUACAACGAAUUUAAUAUUGAGAUAAAUGUAUUGUGGCUAGUUCAACUAAAAUAUAAAAUGUUUUGGAUUUUAUCGUUUUUGGUUGUGUUAUUGUUAAUGUUGUGCUAUUAUAUCGAAUAUUUAAUAAGAGAUGAAAAAUUUGAUAAGAUCCCAGGACCUAAAGGGCAAUUUCUUAUUGGAAAUGGAUACGAAUGUCUUAUGGAGUCUGCUCAAUUUUUCGCAUAUUUUCGCAAUUUAACAAGCAAAUAUAAGGAUAUCUGCAAAUUUAAAAUAUUUAACGUAAAGUUUGUCCUUUUAUACAACCCAGAGGACAUCGAGACUAUACUGACGAAUACAAAAUACAAUGAUAAAGGAUAUAUUUACUAUUUUCUUCGACCGUGGUUAAAAGAUGGCCUGCUCAUUAGUGAUGGAGCGAAGUGGCAUCAACGGCGGAAAAUUCUGACUCCAGCAUUCCAUUUUAACAUUCUCCGACACUUCAGCACCAUAUUGGUGGAGAACAGCGAGCGGUUUGUGGAAGAUCUUCGGCCAGAAACAGACAAGUCGGGAACGGACAUUUACCCUCUCAUAGCUGGAAUGACAUUAAAUUCGAUAUGUGAAACAGCAAUGGGUACAUCUUUAGAUAAGGAGAAAAAAGAUUUCGGAACAAAAUAUAAAGAUGCAAUACAUACACUGGGAACGUAUAUACUUCAUAGAGUUCAACGUUUUUGGCUACAUCCAAUGACAUUGUUUAACUUAAGCGCCGUUGGGAGAAGUCAGAAGAAAUUAUUGAAUGAGAUUAGUUCUUUUCGUGACCAUGUUAUUAAAAAAAGGCGACAAAAUGGGACUUACAAGAAUUUGUAUACAGACGUUGUGAACGAGAGCGGAGAUGACUUAAUAGGUCAAAAGAAACGAUUGGCCAUGUUAGAUUUGUUACUAGAAACAGAGGUGAAAGGAGAGAUAGACAUCGAGGGAAUUAACGAGGAAGUCGACACGUUCAUGUUCGAGGGGCACGAUACAACCGCGGCUGCAAUCCAAUAUGCGUUUAUGCUGAUUGCGAAUCACCCAGACGUUCAGGAUAAAAUACUAGAGGAGUGCCGACAAAUCUUCGGCACAUCUGAUCGAAAGCCUACGAUGUCUGACUUAGCAGAUAUGAAAUAUUUAGAAUGUUGCAUCAAGGAAACAUUAAGACUCUACCCCUCAGUUUAUUUUAUUGCAAGAUAUUGCAAACAAGAAAUCAAAUUGAAAAAUUACGAGUGCCCAGCUGGAUCAGACUGCUCAAUUCUAAUCUUCGACUUGCAUCGGCGUAGUGAUCAGUUCGUCGAACCUCUCAAGUUCCGACCGGAAAGGUUUCAAGAGGAACCCACUUGGCACCCAUUCGCUUACAUACCUUUCAGCGCAGGACCCCGGAACUGCAUAGGUCAAAAAUUUGCUAUGAUGGAAAUGAAGUUGGCGAUAUCUGCGGUUCUUCAACAAUACAGGUUGUUACCAGUUACUAAGCCGGAAGACAUCGAUUUUAUCGCUGAUAUCAUAUUACGACCAAAGGAACCCAUUUACGUCAAGUUUGAAAUUCGCAUUAAAUUGAAAAUGAUUUGGACUCUUUUAUUAACGGCAGUGUUAAUCUUAAUACUUUAUCAUUAUAUAAACUAUUUGUUUAAAGAUGAAAAAUUUGACAAGAUCCCAGGACCUAAAGGGACAUUCCUCAUUGAAAAUGGUCUAGAUUUUCUCAUGGAAUCUGCUCAAUUGUUCGCAUAUUUUCGCAAUUUAGCAAAUAAAUAUAAGGAUAUCUACAAAUUAAAAAUAUUUAAUAAAAAAUUCGUAAUAAUACAGAACCCAGAGGACAUAGAAACAGUAUUAACGAAUACAAAAUACAAUGACAAAGGAUUUAUGUACUACUUUCUUCGACCGUGGUUAAACGACGGCCUCCUUGUUAGCGACGGAGCGAAGUGGCAUCAACGGAGGAAAAUCCUGACUCCAGCAUUUCACUUUAACAUACUCCGAAACUUCAGCACCAUAUUGGUGGAGAACAGCGAGAAAUUGGUGGAAAGUCUUCGAUCAGAAACAGACAAGUCGGGUACGGAAAUUUACCCUCUCAUAGCUGGCAUGACACUAAAUUCGAUAUGUGAAACAGCAAUGGGUACAGCUUUAGACAAGAAUUCGAAGGACAUUGGAAAAAAUUAUAAAGAUGCAAUACAUAUACUCGGAAAAUACAUAGUUUAUAGGAGUGAACGAUUUUGGCUUUAUCCUAUGACACUGUUUAACUUAAGUUCUGUUGGACGACAUCAGAAGAAACUGUUGAAAGACAUUGGCUCUUUUCGUGAUCGUGUCAUCAAACAAAGGCGGGAAGAUGGAACUUACAAGAACUUGUAUACAGAGGUGAUGAACGAAAAGGAAGAUGAUGUCAGCAUAGGUGAAAAGAAAAGAUUAGCGAUGCUGGAUUUAUUACUAGAAACAGAGGAGAAAGGAAAGAUAGAUAUCCAAGGAAUUAACGAGGAAGUCGACACGUUUAUGUUCGAGGGACACGAUACAACUGCGGCUGCACUUCAGUACGCAUUUAUGCUAAUUGCGAAUCAUCCAGAGGUUCAGGAUAAAAUACUCGAGGAGUGCCGACAAAUCUUCGGCACAUCUGACCAGAAGCCUACGAUGUCUGACUUAGCAGAUAUGAAGUAUUUAGAAUGUUGCAUCAAAGAAACAUUAAGGCUCUACCCUUCGGUGUAUUUUAUUAUCAGAUAUUGCAAACAAGAAUUAAAAUUGAAAAAUUACGAAAUCCCACCUGGAUCAGACUGCUCAAUUCUAAUCUUCGACUUGCAUCGGCGUAGUGAUCAGUUCGUCGAACCUCUCAAGUUCCGACCGGAAAGGUUUCAAGAGGAACCCACUUGGCACCCAUUCGCUUACAUACCUUUCAGCGCAGGACCCCGGAACUGUAUAGGUCAAAAGUUUGCAAUGAUGGAAAUGAAGUUGGCAAUAUCUGCGGUUCUUCAACAAUACCGUUUGCUACCAGUUACUAAGCCGGAGGACAUUGUCUUUAUUGCCGAUAUCAUCUUAAGACCAAUGGAUCCCAUUUACGUUAAAUUUGAAAAACGCUAA